ACAGACCUUCAUCGCCCAGGGAGGAGCUCUCAGGUCCCCGGGCCUUCCCCCCCCCCCGCCGCCACAGAAUGAACAUGCUCAAGUCCAGCGGACUGAAGAUCCCUGGCCGCGGGCCCAAGCAUUCCAGCCCAGUGGGAAGGAGCUCAUCGGGGUCCGCCUCCAGCCCCGUCCCCCCUAAAGACAACGCUCCACUGAACCCGACCACGCAGACCAGGAUCUCCGAGGAGGGCGACGACGUGCUGGGCGACUACACGGUGGGCGAGCAGGUCUGGGUCAACGGGGUCAAACUGGGAGUGAUCGCCUACCUCGGGGAGACCCAGUUCGCCCCGGGCCAGUGGGCCGGCGUGAUCCUCAACGACCUAGUUGGCAAGAACGAUGGUUCAGUGGGUGGCGUGCGCUACUUCGAGUGCCAGGCGCUCCAGGGCAUCUUCACGAGACCCUCCAAGCUCACACGCCAGCCGGCCGGGGAGGGCAGCGACAGCCACUCCACCGACUCCCAGUCCGCCCAGAACCAGACCCAGCAGGGUGGAGGUGGAGCCCCUACUGGCCAGAGGGUGGUAGUGACACUCAGAGAAGGCCUGCUCAACAGCACGGUGAGGACGGGCAACGAGUCCGGGUCCAACAUGUCCGACAGCGGCUCGGUGAAGAAGGGAGGAGACAAGGACCUGCGGGUCGGAGACCGAGUUCUGGUGGGAGGAUCGAAGAUGGGGGUCAUCCGCUACAUGGGAGAGACGGACUUCGCCAAGGGGGAGUGGUGCGGGGUGGAGCUGGACGAGCCCCUGGGGAAGAACGAUGGGGCAGUAGCUGGUACAAGAUACUUUCAGUGUCUUCAGAAGUUCGGCCUCUUCGCUCCGAUCCACAAGGUGAUCCGCAUCGGCUUCCCCUCCACCAGCCCGGCCAAGGCCAAGAAGAGCAAGCGCAUGGCCAUGGGCGUUUCCUCUCUGGUCCACAGCCCCAGCAGCUCCUCCAUCAGCUCCGUCAGCUCGGUGGCUUCCUCCGUGGGCGGGCGGCCGAGCCGAGCCGGACUGUUGACGGAGACGUCGUCCCGCUACGCCCGGAAGAUCUCGGGCACCACGGCGCUGCAGGAGGCUCUGAAGGAGAAGCAGCAGCACAUCGAGCAGCUGCUGGCCGAGCGCGACCUGGAGCGAGGCGAGGUGGCCAAGGCCACGAGUCACAUCUGUGAGGUGGAGAAGGAGCUGAGCGUCCUCAAGACCCAACACGUGCAGUAUGUAACAGAGAAUGAGAGCACCCUCCAGCAGGUCAAAGCCUUACUGGCCAGCACACAGAAAGAUAAGCUGGAACUGACCAAUCAGCUUGAAGAAGAGAAAAGGAAAGUUGAGGACCUGCAGUUCAGAGUGGAGGAGGAGUGCAUCACCAAAGGAGACCUGGAGGGUCGAUGCUCUCACGCUGCAGCAGCCUUGAGGUUGGGUAAGAGAACCAAGCAAACCACGGUGGAGGAGCAGAGUCGCAUCGUGCAGCUGGAGGAGGAGCUCGCCCUCAGGAGAGCGGACAUCAAGACCCUCCAGGCCCAGCUGGGAGGGGGGUGCGACUCCAGCUCGCAGCCGCCCGGCGACGGGGACGCCACGGACGCCACCGAGCCCGAGACCGUCCUCCUCCGCCAGCAGCUGCUGUCGGCCGGACGCGAGCACCACAAGGAGAGCAGCGAGCUGAAGGAGAAGCACCAGACGGAGUUAGCAGCCAGCCAGCAGGAGGUGGAGUCCCUGAAGACCGGGGUGCAGAAACAGAUCCAGGAGAUCAGUGAGCUGAAGCAGAAAGUCCAACAGGCCAACAAGGAGAACGUGGACAUGAUGGACACCUGGAAGACUAAGUUUGACUCUCUGGUGAGCGACCACCACCGGUCUGUGGAGGACCUGAAGGCGUCGCUGAGCAGCAGCCACGACGCCCCUGAAGGUCACGAGCAGGACGCCCAGGAGCGGAGAGCCGUGCUGGAGAGCCUGAGGAUGGAGCACCAGCUGGAGACGGAGAACCUCAAGGCCAAGCACAAGAUCGAAGCUGCCAUCCUGACCAAGGAGCGGGAGGACCUCUGCUCUCGUCUGCAGGAGGCCAAGGAGCAGCUGGAGCAGGGCAGCCACACCUGGAGGGCGGAGGCGGAGCUCAAGAGCGGGAAGCAGGCGCUGGAGGAGGCGACCGGGAAGCUGGUGAAGGCGGAGCAGCGGCUGGCGGAGAUGGAGACGCUUCAGACGGAGCAGGGCCGGAGCACGGAGGAGCUGAGGGCCAGGCUGGAGCUGUCGGAGAAGAAGAUGACGGAUUACCAGGCUCUGCAGAAAGCUCAGGCCGAGAGCCAGGAGGAGAUCCAGAAGCUGGAGGAGACCCUGAGGGUGACGGAGAACCAGCUGCACGCCAUCCAGGCCGACCGCUACACCCCCCGGGACGCCAACGUGAUAGAAGACAACGACAUUUCAGAGGAGAAGAUGAAGCUGAAGCAGAAUAUCGAAGAAACGAUGGAGAAGUUGAUGAAAAGGGAAAAAGAAGUCACGACUCUCACUUCCCAGGUCGAAGGCCUCAAAUCGCAGAUGGGAGCGCUGGAGGGAAAAGUCCGGACGGGCGAGAAGAAACUCGACGCCCUGGCGAGGGAGAAGAUCCGCGUGGAGGCCGAGCUGGAGUCCGUCGCCAAGAAGUCCCAUGAUGCAUCUGGGCAGCUGGUCAGCAUCAGCCAGGACCUGCUGAAGAAGGAGAGGAGCCUGAACGAGCUGCGGGUUCUGCUCCUGGAGUCGCACCGCCACUCGAGGGACAUGGAGAAGGAUCUGAACCGGGACGUGCACAAGGCCGAGUGGAAGGUGAAGGAGCAGAAACUCCAGGACGACAUCGGGACGCUGCGAGAAAAACUCCUCCUGCUGAGCCGGGAACAUGCCUCACCGGACCACCGGCGCUACUCCAUGCUGGACCCCUCGGCUCUGGACUCGGAGGUGACCCGCCUGCGCCAGCGGCUGCUCGGCACCGAGGACGCCCUGAGGAACGCCAUGGACCACAACCAGCAGGUGGACCAGCUGGUGCAGGCCAUGCGCAGGCGUCCGGACAAAAGCCCGGCACAUGGAGCCAAUUCAGCCAAUGGGAUUCAUCAUCACGAGUCAGGCAGCACUCGAGAUGAUCAACACUGAUCCGAGCAGUAGAGACGAAGCUGAACUGAGACGUCGUCCAACAUUUCCUCUCCUGAUUCCUGCGAUGGAACUUUUCAGUUGACAGUUACAAACCAAAUCAGCAAAUCUCUAUCUCCAGUGAAUUUAUGUGUCGUUGCAGAAAGCUCCUAUUAGCCAAUCACGAAGGCCGCUUAAAGUUCUAUACAAUAUAACCAGGAAAACGGACGAGACGAGGACGUGAAGACAUAUCCUGCUAAUCGGCAACUUCUGAUGAUUUACAGUUAGAAAGUUUUAAAUCCACAAGUUGCCAGGAACAUUUGACAAUUCAGAAAAAAAACAAGACGGCUGACGGACAACGAUGUGAGGACUUUGUGUCUCGGUUGCUUUGUUUGUUUUAUUUAUUUUGCGUUUUGCUCCUCGGCUCUGUAGUAAUCAUCCGUACUGUGGGCAAGCCGCCUCCAUAUCUGAUGAGAAGACCGGAAGUGUCCAUUCUCCUGUUUAAGUGCUAAUAUGAAAGUGACCUGUAUUAUUGGAAGUAUUAAAAACUAAAACUUCACCCGAAUGUUUUUAAAUCUAAGAGACAAACACGGCAGUUUUGAAAAAAAUGGCUUUUAAGCAACUUUUGUUUCAUCCUUGGUUGUGAUGAGUUUGAAUCUUCGACUGUAAAUAAAGACGGACGACUCCCCCCAGCCGAAUUGACUUUUGUUUUGUUUUGUUUUGUCCAUGUCGUAUUUGUUAACGUGGAGAAGGUGGGGUGUAUGACCUGUACUGCAGCCAGCCAGCAGGGGGCGGUCGUGAGGAUCUGGCUUCACUUUGAGGGAGCUGUCAUGUCGUCCAUCUUUGUUUUCAGUCUCUGAUCCAGCUUUGAGAUCUUUGUACAUGAAGCCCGUACUUUUUGUCUUUUAAUCCGCCAGCCAAUAAAAAUCCUCACGCAC